AAAUAUUAUUUAAAAAAAGUAAUUUAAGAUUACUCGAGGAUUACUCGGAACGUACGUUUGCGGAAUUUUCGGCGGUAGGAUGUUCGCGGUUCCGCCAAAUUAAAAAAUCGAGGGAUCUCAUCCGGACAAACAGAUGUCGAUAGUUUCAUUUUAACAACGCCCUGACAACAACAUCAGGACAUCAUAAAGCCAGCUGUCUUUUACUUUACAUGAACCUGACUCACUCUGGUUUGUGACAUUUAAUGGAGCUUUCUUCUAUGAUCCCAGUGACCGGAACCUCCCCGGAAUUCUCCGGAUCACACCAAAAUAUAUCCUUAUCGGAAGUCACAAUCCUACAGUUUUAGACCGUCGUCCCAUACCUGUUAAUGUUGCAGGAACUCAGAGUCCAUAUAGAUUGAGUUUACAAUUGUUUUUUUUUUCUGUAUCACUAUUGGAAUAUCGGCGUAAUACAUAAUCCAAUAUAUGCACUCGUUACAAAGUCUCCCAUGCACUUCGGUUUCAAUUCUCUCCUUCUAGCAACUCUUUGAAAAAGGCUUAUUAUAUAUGGAACACUCUGCAUGAGGUAUUUUGUACUCAGUCCCUUGCACAUCACGUGAUAGAAACUAUUUUGGUUCGGCGCAGAUGCAAAAUUCAACUCGGCUUAUGCUUACUUCAACAGUUCAAAGCCGUGAAAGUCAUUAUAUUGUACGCUCGUCUAGUGACUCACGGCAGUCGUUUUUCCGAGUUCUUUUGCCUAGCUACUCCGGGUACUCAAUGACAGAAAAGCCGAAAAAUAAAACAUAGAAAACCCUCUAAACAGUACUUUUACAAGAAGUUACAAGUAAAUUAAGCUGUAACAGGGUCUUUAUGCAGGUACCGAGAGAAUCAGCAACUUACAGUAGAUUUGUUCAAGCAGUCACACUUUCCAUUCUUUCUGUCGGCAUGUUCUAAGAACUCGAUGAAAACAAGGAGAGGAGACCUAUUUUGCUUUAUCGGUGACCAUCAUGAGGCACGAGGGUAUAUAUUGGGGUUUUUGUAUUGGAUACGAGAAAAAUCAAAUGUUAUUCUUAGUUUGAUUACCAGUACUCAUCAUGGCGGGGCACGAUCAGCUAUUGACUGACCUCUUUCUGACAGCUCACCAUCAAGGGGCCGGUUAUUUCAGGCUCACAGGGUUCGAUAAAUGAAUGUUUAGAGUGUGUAAAUAUGUAUAGUGAAUCUGUCACGACGAAACUGUUCGGAAUUAAGACUGUCAACCUGUCAACCGAUGAGCGAAGAAUGGUUUGUCAACCGAGAAGAGAAAGUAAAUCAAGCUUAUUGGUUUCACCUUUGUAUUUCAGUUGUGGGGGUGUUUCUACGUAGACUGAUUGCGUUCUUGUGAAUUUUGCUUGGAGAAAAUUUCCCAGUGCUGUUACAAUUAAUUUCGGUUGGCGCGAUCCAAAACACCAACGAACCAAACUGGCCAGUGUUUUGAGAGUCUUAGAGAGCCAAGUGACAAUGGUUCAAUACUAGAUCAUAUUAAUGUGAAUUAUUCUUUUUGUUUCUGCACUGACACGUCGCUUACAAAUUAACGAACUCUUACUAGCUGAAGAGCAGAGUGUUCAAAACCUGUUCGUAGGACAAAAAUCGAUUAUCAGUCCCAGUUAAGGAAUCGUUAAAUGCGUAUUUUGGAAAAUCUAUGCGCGUACUGUUAAAGAAAUCGGUUUUAAUUAUACUAAUUGGUGCAAUGUUUUGUUGUUUCCAAAAAGUAUGUGAUAAAAUAUCUCAAUAGUAAUAUUCAAAAUUACAAUAGCAAACGCCAUUAUUCGCGCAUAGAUUGGACUUUGUUUCGGUGCUAUCAGUUUGCCUCGCCCUCGGACAUUUUGUUUGUUUGUAAGUUUGAUUUUUUUUGUGACAAGGCAGUGUUUCAGGUUAAAAAAUGCAGGGGGUUUUACUACUGAUUUGGGGUGUUACUGAAUUUUUUUUCAGCUGUUAGCAGCAAAAUGUCGUGAAUUCAUGUUAUUCAAAUCAAUGAUGGUGUUGUUCAAAAUGAUGUACAAGUACAAAAGCUCCAUUUUCCAAUUUACCUUUUUAAUUCUUUACGUUUACAGAGGAGAAAAUUAGCAUCACGGAGUAAUGUAAACAAUGAUGCAAAAGAAGGCGGUUAAAAGCAGUCACUUAGUGAUCUUAGCGCCCAUUUGAAAAAUCGAGAACCAUCUGGCAGUUUAUCAUCAGUCAUGAAAUCGUUUGUCAUAUCUAUACUUCUGGGUCUUAUCACUGGAACUUUGGGUUCAGGAUAUCCAUCUUGUGGGAUUGAGAGGUUUCAUCAGCAGUUACGAGGUGACACAAGGAACCUAUUUCGUCGAAUCGUCGGAGGAACCCAGAGUGCACAGGGCGCGUGGCCUUGGCAAGUCGCUCUGCUUUUCAAUGACACUCACUUUUGUGGAGGUUCACUCGUUUCUCCUCAUUGGGUGGUCUCAGCUACUCACUGUUUCCAUGAUGCUUACACUUCAACGAAACCUGCUGACUGGAGGGUGGUCCUGGGUGAACAUCACUUAGUGAAUAAAGAAGUGUUCGAGCAGAGCAGAGAAGUAGAAGCAAUUUAUCUUCAUCCCAAGUACAAGUCUAUGUUUUUUGAAGGAAUCUACGAUACGCCACCGGAUUAUGACGUAGCGCUGGUCCGUCUAUCAGAGCCAGCUGUGUAUGACGGUUACGUUUCUCCAAUCUGCCUCAUUCAUCCUGGGAUGAGAUUCCCCUGGGGAAAGGAGUGUUACGUUACUGGUUGGGGCCACACCCAAUGGAAUAGCACCCAACCCGACAUCUUGCGCGAGGCGAAAGUUCGUCUGGUACCGUCCCAAAUUUGUAAUAGUGUCAAGUCCUACAAUGGAACCAUUCACAGCAGGGCUCUGUGUGCUGGAUUCGAAGAAGGAGGCGUUGACGCAUGCCAAUACGACAGUGGAGGGCCACUGUCAUGCGAGUAUGGCGGGCGCUUUUAUCUCACAGGGGUCGUUUCCUGGGGCCACGAAUGUGCACGACCUCACAAAUAUGGCGUCUACGCAAACAUGUUUAAACUCACUUCGUGGGUAAAGGAAGUGAUGAACAAAUACAACAACAUAGAGAUCUAGAGUGUUUCACAGUAAUGACACCAACGAAGCAACGAUGUAGAAUUACGAUGACGACCCUUAUCUUUACCUGCAAAACGUUUUGCCAUGCACGCCUGAAACACUAAGGAACUAGCUAUUAUUGGUUUGUCAACAAAGUAAAUUUCAUUAUCAAGUUUGAAUCCAUAUCUAGUGUUAAAAAUGGUUAUUUCGCCUAGGUUGUAAUUCUUUCGUCUUAGCGAGUGUUUUGUUACAAUGUUUAUGAUUCUAGGAUGUUAAAACGAUGUGAAUGCCCUCAAUUCAAAGUAUAGAAUUAGUACAACCUGAUCAAUAUCGUAAAGCUUGUCUUAUUUAAAAGCAUAUACAGCAGUAUUUAAAACUGGAUCAUUAGUUAAUGCAAUUAAAGAGUUUCCAUUGGCUUA